CGAGAGUUCUCACUGUAUACAGUACAUAGUCUGAAUAUGAGAGUUGAGCUCCAGGAGUGUUCCAUCAAAAUAAUUACAGUGUAUAAGUAAUAAUAUAAGCACCAUGUGGAUAGUUACUCACUAUUUUCUUAUUUUAAUUGCAAUUAGAUAUAAUAAUGUUUAAUAUUAUAUUUACCAUAAAUGUUUAAUAUUCAAACAAUCCAUUGUUUUGACGCGCAGCUAAAUCAGAAAUGGCGAAUACUAUAAUUAUCAUCCAGUGCAUGGUGUUUUUAACAUUUAAACUGUCUCAAGGUGAUAUACAACGGACACUAUUAUUAGAUGAUAAACAAAAUGGUUUAGAUAGUGAAGAACCAACAGAAUAUCCAAAUGAAAAAUAUGUCCAUAAUGCAGCACAAAAAAAAUUAACGUGUUAUUCUUGUGAAGGAGAGGAAUGUUCGCAACCUGAAUUGUGUCAUGAUGCAGCUACUUGUUGGAAAUCUACCGUCAGACAAGUUGACGGUACAGUACGAGUCAAAAGAGCGUGUACUUCAGAACCUGAUCAAGUAUUACUUACAUGUAAUAAAAAGGCACCAAGUAGUAAAUCCGAAGCUGUAUAUCAUGUAGAAUGCUGCUAUUCAGAUCUAUGUAACAAAGGACCGUUUCCAGUUUUGGAACCAUUAAGUGAUGCUGGAGGAAAAAAUUAUGCAACUAAAUUAGCCCUUGCAAUAGUGGGUUCAAUAUUGUUAAUUAGUUCAAUUGUCGGUGGAAUUUUAUUUUACAUACUAGCGGGCAAAACCCGAAGAAAACGAUCUUUAGUUUUAAAGCGUAAUAAACUAUUAGUUGAUCCUGAAAUAGAACCUUCAAUGUUACAUUUUCCAUCUUCAUCAUUAACAUCGACAUCUAAUUAUCAUCCACAUGAAUUACGAGCAACUGCCGCGGGUGACAGUACAUUAAAAGAAUAUUUAGAUGGAAGGAGUCUAACAAGUGGUUCAGGCUCUGGAUUACCAUUGCUUGUACAACGUACUUUAGCAAAACAAGUGGCAUUAGUUGAAUGUCUUGGUAAUGGAGGAUCAAGCGGAUUUGGUGGUGAGGUUUGGAGAGGAGUUUGGCAUGGAGAGUGUGUAGCAGUGAAAAUAUAUUUCUCACGUGAUGAAGCAGCGUGGGCACGUGAAACUGAAGUUUAUUCCCAACUUCUACCAUCACGUCACGACAACAUUCUUGGUUACGUAGGAAGUGAUAUGACAAGUCGAGCAAGUUGUACCCAAUUAUGGCUAGUAACUCAUUAUCAUCCACUUGGAUCACUUUAUGAUCAUUUAAAUCGUUCACCACAUCCUUUAACACAUCACCAAACACUCAAUAUUUGCCUGGGAAUAGUUAAUGGUCUAUUAUAUCUCCAUACUGAGAUACAUGGUACUAAGGGCAAGCCUUCGAUCGCGCAUCGUAAUCUUAAGUCAAAAAAUAUUCUUGUUAAAACAAAUGGAAGUUGUGUAAUUGCUGAUUUUGCUCUUACGACAACACAAGAACGUCUUAGUACAGAUAGGAUCGAUCUACGCCAAGGUACUAAACGAUACAUGAGUCCUGAAAUAUUAGCACAAACAUUAAACGUCGAAUGCUUAGAAAGUUUUCGACGUGCUGAUAUCUACAGUCUUGGUCUGAUAAUGUGGGAAGUAUGUAGACGAUGUAUUAGUAAUGGUGUUGCCCUUGAUUAUGCUGCUCCGUACUCCGAAUGGCUCUCUAGUAAUACACAAGAACCAUCGAUUGAAGAAAUACGUAAAUUAGUUUCUGUUGAUCAGCGAAGACCACCUCUGCCUAAUCGAUGGCACUCAGAUCCAACAUUGUCAGGUAUGGGAAAACUUAUGAGAGAGUGUUGGCAUGGUAAGCCAGCAGCACGAUUACCAAUUCUUCGAGUUAAGAAAACAUUAAUUAAAUUAGCAGCCAAUGAUUCCCGUGUUCACUUAACAAUUGACUGACCAGAGAUUAUAAUAAUUUCAUGCAUGUAUUUAUUUUUAUUUUUAUCAUUAUUUCACCAAUACUUCAUCACUAUCAUAUAUUCAAAUAUUUUCAUAAUAAAUCGUAACUCCUUCCAGUGUUUUACAUUACACUUGAGAAAGUAUACAAAUCAUUUUUAAUCGUUGCUAUGAAUUAGCUAUCAUUUAUUGUAAGUCAUCAAAUUAAUUCAUAUAAAAUUAAGUUUUUCUCAUU